GUUUUUUUUUUUUUGUUUGUUUGUUUUUGUUUUUGUCCCUCUCUGUCUCUCAUUUUGCUGAUUUUUCCCCCCUUUCAGGCCACCUAAAGUCCACUGGAUGCUUUUUAAUAUGUACUGCAAAGUACCACAAGCAUAUCUCUUGCUUGUACGGUUACUUUUUAGCUCUUGGUGCUUUUUAAACAGCUUCUCCACAGGCAGGACGUUAACAAGAACUAGUAUACCCAGUGGUGCGGUGCAUGCUGAUUCCUCUAGGUUAAAACAUGGGGGAAAAGGUCAUCGCUAUGUUGGUAUCCAACAGCAAUUUCAGCCUGAUAGCAACACAUUUCCAAGUUUCCCUCCACAGCAGCAGCAGCUGUUUAGUUCAGUGUCAGCAGACUGUGGACGGGCACCUGUGGAGGGACGAGAGGGGAUCUCCUCUGCGCGUCCUACUGUCCGCUGUGGGAACGAAGCCAUGAUAAUCACAUUCCUGCAGCAGGCCAUGGACAGUUUCCUCAUUGAGAGAUCAGACCUCACAUCAACUCCCCUGCCUCUGUCCCAUCUGCCCUCGGGCUGUGGCCUCUCAGUGAGGACGACUUGGACUGAGGUGGUCCUGAUCGCCCACUACAAUGGCUGUUUUAUCCUCCUGGAGGAAGACAAGUAUAUUUUGCCAGUGGUUUGGCAAAGAUCUAGAAUGAAGGCAUCCUGCCCAGUCCGGGUCCCUUUUCCAAGAAUUGUUUGUACAGCGUCAUCGAUGGAUCUAAUAGUUUUUGGAGAAGAGACUGUUGGCAGACUCAAGGUUUUGUUGAAUGGCAGGUGGGUGAGGUUACAUUACGCUGCUGAGCGGUGCCGGUUCCUCUCAUAUGCCAAGUCUGAGUCAGUGGUCUUUUCUGUUCCCUUCACAACUUGUGGGCUGAUACAGAAGGGUGGCAUGUAUAGGAUUUACAUUCGAUCCAGGGAGAGGGAAAUGGAGCUUUCGUGCCCUUUGCAAAUUCCCUCCCCACCUCGACAUCAGUCAAACAUGCUACCAUCCAGCUUCCAAAUGCAAACUAUCUCGGACCCGGCUCUUGACGCCCUUCUCCCAGAGGUCGACAUCCAUCUGUUGCUCUCCGGUGUCACACAACAAGAGCAGCACAAGCUUCCCAACAUACAGCAACAACAUAGUGAAGCUGAUACCCAGCACCUGUCCGCCCAGCCCACAAAAGUCCAUUUGCCCUUUACACACAACACUGCCAGGCUCCCAGCUCUACCCCCUAUGACUCCAGGUCCUUUUGAACUGUCACUCAACAUUCCCAUAAUAUCCAAUCGAUUACCACAGCCAUCGCUUGGGGAUAUAAGUUCUGCAGAGCACAACAGGUCUGAGCUUUUGAGAUUAAUUCCAGCUUUCAUUGCCUCUGGACUCUCAGGCUUACUGCAGUCCCACCAGGAGCUGCCUAAUGCAAAUCUGCAGCGAUACACCACCAACCAAGAGGAAGAAGAAAUUUCAACAUGGCCACACCACUUUCCUGACUCGCCUCCUUUCCCUCCACCCCCUUCUGAUUCACAUAUGGACCCUGUCAUCUCUGUUCCUCCACCUCACCUACAACUGGGUCAUGUUGCUCCAUAACCCAUCAGUUGUCUCAAGUAUCAAAAUCAGUGCCAGUGUUACCCAGUUUGCUCUUUAUCCAAAAUUCAUCUAGGACUAAUCCUUUGGUGGGCUAAUCUUUAUAAGUGACAGCAGCCACAACCUUAUUUUGACAUAAAGACCCCCUAAAAAGGCUGUUGAACAUCAGUCCCACCUCCCUAAUCAUCCACUGAGAGUACCAAAUAAUACCAAAAGAAGAUAAUUAUAAACAGCGGAGAAAAGUGGCUGCACUAGUAGACUCUAUUGCCUAUUAAUUGUAUUGUCUUGUAUGUCUGAGUAUUUUCUAUUAAUUGUCAAUAAAAAAAAAAAAAUCUUUUUUUCCUGAA